AUGUGGUCGCUGACAGGAUUCCUGGAGCUGUUAAGAGAAAAUGCCAUCUGGACAUAUGCUGGAACUCAAAGAAAUGCUGCUCCUCAAGACGAGCGUCAAGAUGAGCGUCCACCAAGUCUUUGGGAACCCGAGAAUAGAGAGGCCGUGAACCGCACAUCUGGAGGUGGAGGGUUCCUGUCAGCACUCAUCUCUGCCUUAUCAAAUCCAGCUCCAGAUGCUGCAAUAACGGACGAAAACGCUCCCCAGGACGCUAAUAUCGCGGGGCUUGAUCAGAAGGACAGCAAAGAAGUCUCGCUCGAAAAAAUCCACGAUAAGCUCGACCGUCUGAGCCGUAGAUACGGAAAGCUCAUGCAGGCUCGAGAUGAGAUGCUCGAAGUUCAAAAUAUGGAGCAGGUGGAGUGGGCCAGAUGUGCAGAUAUGCGACGAUUUUAUCUGGAAUCGCAACAGCGCUUCAUGGAACAAGCUGAAGUCCUACUGUCUGCCGAAAAUCCUGCAGAGGAGCUGGAACGCCUUCGGCAAUUCCAUCGGCAGACCCAGGCGGAUCUGAAUGCAAUGAAUGUACAGGCCGACAUAACUCGAAACCUUGAGGACAGACUGAGCAACGUGUAUUUCCACCUAAAUCGCCGCGACGAGGCUUUCAUGGAGUCCUGCCAUGACAUGGCCAGCCUGUGGCCCAUGUCUGCGGCCUCGAGGAGGCAAACGUCUGGUUCUGUGGCCAAGGCAAUAUCCAGCAGUCUCAGUCAAUGGUCGAAGGCCUCGGGAGGCAACACCUUGCAUCCCACAUUGGAGGGCUAUUACGACAAGGCUGGAGAUGUUGGGCUGAUUGGAGAAGAGUUGGCAAACUUGGACAUCGAGUACGAGGAGGCGCGUGGUGCUCGGUUGUUCAUUGCUGAACGAGACGACAGCCUGAGCAUAAGCGAUAGCCAGUUCGAGGACAAUUAUAGGCACGCCCGAGAGCAGAUCGAGCAGAGACUGGGUCGUGCAUUUCAAGAAGCGAAUGAGCUCGGACAGCGUUGCAUCGAUGAGGGCCUUGACUUGACUGAGAGGGAGAAAGCACAAUCCGAAGGCACGGACGUCUUGCUUUUGGAUCGGAGUAGCGAGGUAUUGGAUUCUGACGACAUACGUUUCAACCAUGCGCCGCCCGGCAGUUUGACGAAUUGGCGAAUGGUCGGGCCUGACAGUCUUUUUAGAGGUGGCCCUGUUUUCCGUGAUCCUGACGAGCCUUUUGACAAUGACUAUGAGCUUUUCGGACCAGAGCACACUCGUGGAUCAAAUCCUACUCAAAGUGCGGACGUACUUCGAUGGGCUUCCCAGCUACCAGAUGAAGAACAAUCCAUUGAUCCAGAGUCUGACAUUCCCGAGCUUCGUCUUGAAGCUGAUCAAAUCGCAGAAAGAGAUCAAGCCAGAUUGUGGGAAAUGCCAGAGCUCAUGGUUCAUAGCCCGCCUUCAGGUGAUUCACAGGGCCAGUCGUGGGUGCAGCCCUUACAGGAUCAGGUGGCGAACAUGCCAGACUUCCGGACACAGCUUCCAUCAAGCUAUGAAAACAUUCUCCUCCAAAAGCAGGCACGAAAUGCAUCGCGCAACGAACCGGCCGGGGAGACAAAUCCCGAUGCCUGGACAACCAUCGACGUGCCAAGGCGCAGGAGCACCAUCACUCAUCUUCAACGACGUCAGUCUUUCGAUGCCAAUGCCGGUGAGGAGGCAACUCGAAGUCGCUACCGAUUGGCGACCUUAAGAGCGCGGGUCUCAACUUCUGAACUACAACUUGACGUUGAUCCAGGCUAG